GAACGUGACCUCAGAUUGAAUGUUGGGUUUCCUGUGGUGCCAGGAUUUAGCGCCCGCGAUCUAUUUAAUUUUGUUUUUUGGAAUUUAUCGUUGUUUUGGUUCUUUUACUUUAUUUAAGCUUCUUUUAGUUAAGAUAUGGCUUUAACCAAACCAGGAUUUGCAAAGAAGGUGGAUGAAAUUAUCCUUACGCUAAAAAACUGUAACGCGGAAAAGGAGAUAGAACUUUCGGUCGCUAGGUAUAUCGAUUCUCUUCAAGAUGACCUGGCAAAAAUUCCAGAGUUCGACCCGGACAUCGAAUGGUUGAACUGCAAAAACUCUCUAUCAUUUCGCGAGCAACUAAGAGGGAAACUUUGCGUCUUGGACUUUUUUACUUAUUGUUGCAUAAACUGCAUGCACAUCCUGCCUGACUUGGAAGAGAUGGAAAGGAAAUUUAGCGAAAAAGAUGGUUUGGUUAUUGUUGGGGUUCACUCUGCGAAAUUUGAGAACGAGAGGUCGUCUGCUAACAUCCUGAGUGCAGUUAUAAGAUACGAUAUUCGGCAUGCUGUUGUCAACGACUCGGACGCGAAGAUGUGGCACACGUUGGGUGUGUCAUGCUGGCCAACGUUGGUGAUAGUUGGGCCAGGGGGGGAGUUGCUAUUAUCUCUUGUUGGGGAGGGUCAUAAGCAGACAUUGCUUCGAUUUGUGGAUGCCGCUCUGAAGUAUUACAAGUCUUCAGGCCAAAUAAGUGACCAUGAAAUAGGACUGUCUCUAGCAAAAGAGAGUAUUCCCAAAUCUAAGCUGCUAUACCCUGGAAAAGUCUGCCUGGAUGGUUCAGGAAGAAGGCUCGUGAUUGCUGAUACUGGUCACCAUCGAGUAAUUGUCUGCAGUACUGAGGGUGUCGUGCACGAAGUUAUUGGUGGGGAAGAUGGGUUUUCUGCUGGCUUUCAAGAUGGCACAUUUAAGGAAGCAAAAUUCCAUGCACCUCAAGGGGUGGCUAUGCUAGGAGAGGUCAUCUAUGUAGCUGAUACAGAAAACCAUGCUAUUAGAGAGAUCAAUUUAGACUCAAAAAAAGUCACCACUAUAGCAGGAACUGGAAGGCAAGGAACUGACAAGGAGGGCGGACGCCAAGGGAGAGAGCAGACUAUCAGCUCUCCCUGGGGUGUGGCAUUAGGACCAGCACCAGGCUCAAAGACUGAUGACAAUCCAGCAAAUGUGCUGUAUAUUGCCAUGGCAGGCACUCAUCAGAUUUGGUCACUCUACUUAGAUGAUGGCCCUUGGCUGAAAGGAGGUUCACAUAAAGCUGGCACAUUAGUUCGUUUUGCGGGGAGUGGAAAUGAAGAGAACCGCAAUAACAGUUACCCCCACAAAGCAGCCUUUGCACAGCCAUCCGGACUGGCUGUGGCCAUUUCUAGCACCCUACGCUGCUUAUUUGUUGCUGACAGUGAGAGCAGUAGCGUCAGGUGUGUGGACAUUGAGACAGGCGCCACCAAGGCUGUGGUUGGCGCGGACAGGGAUCCCAUGAACCUGUUUGCUUUUGGUGAUGUUGAUGGUAAAGGGGUGGACGCUAAGUUCCAGCACCCCUUGGGCGUGGCAUGGAAUCCACAGGAAGACCAUCUCCUAGUGGCUGAUUCGUACAACCACAAAAUCAAAACUGUAGAACCUAAGCAGAAGACUUGCUCAACCUUCCUAGGGCAUGGAAAGCCUGACCCAGACGUCCUGGAUGAACCGGGUGGCCUGUGUAUAUCCCAGGACUCGAAGCGCAUGUACAUUGCUGACACAAACAAUCAUGUAAUCCGUGUUGUGGACCUGCAAACUAAAACUACAGCAGUGCUGAAUCUCAUUGAUCACGUGAGUAGCGGCAGGUCUCAGACAGACAGUGGCGGUCGGCCCCAGGCCGCCAUUAGACGGCUCACUUCUAUACGAACCCCUGUCACGCAACAUCCUCCCGUUCAUGUCACGCAUUCCCAGGAUUUGGAGCUUAGGAUUGAGAUUGCGUUACCACCCGGAUGUCACUUCACAGAAGGGGCGACCAGCCGAUGGCAAGCUUACUGUGUCGAUCAGACAGCUUCGAGAUUGGAAGAUUCCUUAUCAGGUCUUACCCCACGGAACGGCGUCUUCACCGAGGAGUCGCUCACUGCUUCUACUUCUUUUUGCUACCGUCCCGAUCUAGAUUCUGCUACAUCAGUACAGGUCGAAGCUGUGGUGUAUUUCUGUGAAGAAGGUGGAACUUGCCGAAUGGAGGGCUUCAUCUAUGACGUCCCAUUGAUCGUCAGUAGCUCAAUUCCACCAUCAACUGCCGUCAAUAUCAAGCACAGUUGCCACCUAUAGGACAACUUAGAGAGGAUAUGAUCCGGACACAUGCAAGCUAUGUAAAUAUUCGGACAGCGAGUGAACCGGACACUUGUCAGCCGUAGGACAAGUUAGACAGGGUGAGAUCCGGACACAUGCAAGCUAUGUUAUAAUUCGGACAGCGAGUAAACCGAACACAUGUCAGCUAUAUGACACAUGCAAACUAUCUGACAAUUCGGACAGCGAGAGAACCGGACACUUGUCAGCUAUAGGACAGGACGGACAGGACCUGGUCCGGAUAUAGCAAGCUAACGGAUAAAUCGGACAGCGGGAAAUCCGGACACAUGCUAGCUAAAGGAGACAAAGCUCAAAAUUCUCCCCUAAAAAAAGCAAUGGAAAAAAAAUAUAAAUGUGAUUUAAUUAUUAAAUUAAACUUCGGCCCGUAGACUAAA